CUCAGGACCACAACAGUUCCAUUCCUUCCUUCUCUUCUCCUCUAUAAAGUCACAACCCCAUUCCCUCUUCUUCCCUACACACAAAUCCUAUCUCUCCCCAUUCGAUAUCUUCUUAGUUUCUUUUUUUUCCAGAUAACUUCCGUCUCUUACUCUCCCUCUGUUUCUUGUUCUUUUUUCCUUGUUUUUUAUUUAUUGAGCAAAGAAAAUGGCUAUUCCUUGUCCUCCCCUUCUUGGAUCAGAAAAGCUGUCCAUCGAGGGAGGCCCUUUGUCUCCUCUCUCCUCACCACCCCAAGUAGUCCUCACCCAAGACGAGCUUAAAAAGAUUGCCGCUUACAAAGCCGUCGAUUUUGUCCAGUCUGGCAUGGUUAUUGGCCUCGGCACUGGCUCCACUGCCAAGCAUGCCGUCGACCGUAUUGCUGAUCUCUUACUCCAAGGCAAAUUGAACAAUAUUAUUGGCAUACCCACUUCCAAAAAGACCCAUCAACAAGCUUUGUCUCUUGGCAUUCCUCUGUCCGAUCUUGAUACUCACCCCAAUGUCGAUCUAGCAAUCGACGGCGCCGAUGAAGUGGACGCCGAUCUUAAUUUGGUCAAGGGCCGAGGUGGGUCUUUACUCAGAGAGAAAAUGAUUGAAAGUGCUUGCAAAAAGUUUGUAGUUAUUGUAGAUGAGUCUAAAUUGGUAUCCCAUAUUGGAGCCAAUGGAGCAAUGCCGGUUGAGGUUGUGCCUUUCUGUUGGAAAUUCACGCAACAAAGGCUUCAACAGUUGUUUGAGUACGCUGGUUGCAUGGCCAAGUUGAGGACUAAUGGGGGUGAAAAUGGUGAUCCAUUUGUCACUGAUAAUGGGAACUACAUUGUAGACUUGUUUUUUAACAAUGAUAUUGGUGAUUUAAGGGCUUCUAGCGAUGCUAUUCUGAGGCUAGCUGGGGUUGUGGAUCAUGGAAUGUUUCUUGGCAUGGCAACUACUGUUAUUGUUGCCGGUGGGCUUGGGGUCACCAUCAAGAACAAGUAGAUUGAGAUGAGUAUUUAACAAUUACCCAAAAAAAAUGUCGGGUUGCUAACCAAAUUGGGAAAUUUUUUACUGGUUAUUGUAACAUUAUUGACAUCUAUCAUGUGGAGGUAUUCUCCAUUAGUUUUGGUCAGAAAAAUUUAGCAAGGAACAUUAGGAGCUUUUGUAUUCUGUGGGAGCCUGAAUAAUCGGCUUAAUACGUGUCAGCUGCCAUAUCCUCUUCUUUUCAAUAUAAAAAUUACGCCUCUUUUAAGUGGA